AGCCAGUGCGGGAAAGAGCAAUGUACGAAGUGGGAAGAAGCGAAAACUGAGACAGAAAUUUGCCAUGGAUUUUGAUCAAACACAAGUCAUAGCACUGGAUGAAUUUGAGGAUGACACAGAUGAAAACAUUUCCCAGUCUCAGAAAAGUCCAGUGGCUCAUUUGAAAGUUGGUUGCCAGAAAGGUGUUCCUGAGAAGCUGUACCCACUGUAUGAAGGUAACAAUAUUGUUGGCCGACAAGAGGAUUGUAAUGUAUAUAUCCCCAGUAAGGCGCUGUCGAAGCAGCAUGCAUGUGUUGAGAUCCAAGGAGACAGUCACUUGAUAUACGACAGCGGCAGCAGGAACAAGACCCGGCGUGGCAGGCGGUUUCUGACGCCCAACGUCCGCUAUGAGCUGAACCACAAUGAUGCUCUUGUGUUUGCUGAUAUCCAGGCAUCCUACCUCAUCAGCAGUGAUGUGCCUCGUGUUGAGGACUCUGGGUCCGAGACUGGCUCAGAGUCGAUGCUGCAGACAGUUGAGGCAUCUGACAGUGCUAAUGUCAACCCAGUGUUGGACAAGACGGCAGAAGAUGACAUGAGUGACGCCAGCAGCGACAUCCUUCAACCUACGCAGCCGUCUACUACUGGCCCCUCCUGGACAAGUGGCCGGAUGCUGGAACCCACACAGUUGGGUGUGACGGACAGUCCAGAUGGUGUUGCAGGUGAUCUGACCAUUGGGGAGACGCCGCUGCCGAAGAAGAAUCAGUCAGCUGACCUUUCAACCCUAGUGCUGCCCGAGUCCGACACAGAGGACGACAGUGACGGGUCUAAGGUGAACCCCCAGGCAACACUCAUGUUUGAAGAAGAGAAAGACACCUCAGGGGAUCAGGAUUUGUUGGGUGCACCGACCCAGGCUUUCAUGGUGACAACCGACACAGACGGAGAAGACGAGGACGACCCUGCUGACACGAAGAACCUGAUGUGUGCCGCCACCCAGGCGUGUGGGUUUGUGGAGAGUGACCCAGAGGAGGACCCCAAGGUUGACCUGUUCGCUCCGACACUGGCCGUGGUGCAGGACAGCGAGUCGGACACAGAUGGGUCAUGUGUCAUGAUUGACCUGAACGCUCCAACACAGGCAGUGCUUCUAGACAACGACGACGACGACGAGGAAGAGGAGGAAGGCGAUCAAGGCGUCAAGACGAUGGCAUAUGAAAUGGACAUCGAAAAGGAGAGACAGACAAAGGGAAAGAAGUCUGGCAAGACAAAAGCUUCAGGACGAGUGUGUGCUCCUACCCAAGCCUAUGACAUGGACACAGGAGGAGAAGCUAAGAAGCCUACGAAGGCUCGUGUGACUGAUGCCACUGUUGCAUACGACAUGGACACGGAUGGGGAAUCCAAGAGAGCUACGAAGAGUGGUCGUGUUAGUGACCCGACUGUUGCAUACGACCUGGAUGGGGAACUCAAAGAAGCCAAGACAGACGACAAGGGUGGGUCUGGCUCAACUCAAAGCUUCAUAGUUCAGGAGCAGAAGUCUGUAGAAGCAGAGGAACCUGAUGAUGCUGGAUUGGUUCCGACUCAGGUGUUCGAGGGGGAGGAAGAGGAGGAGGAGAUGGAUGAAGAUGUAAGUCACCUGUUGAUGACGUCGACGCUGGCGUGUGACAUGGAGGAGGACUCGGAGGACUCGGAGGAUCUCCCCGAAGGACUUGAGGGGGAUGGUGGAAAGGAUGCGAUGCAACCAGCCGGGGACGAGGAUGCUACUCAGGCAUUUGAAGAAGAAGAAGUAACAUCUAAAAAAAAAGGACAAAAGAAGACGUCGGAUAAGAAUCAAAAUGACGAUGCAACUCAGGUGUUUGGAGAUGAUGCUACUGUAGCUAUUAGCGAUCCUUCUCCGAAACAGAAAAAGUCCAAUAAAAAGGAUGAUGAUGCUACGCAAGUGUUUGGCGAUGAGACUCAAGUGUUUAGCGAUGAUGCCACCCUAGCUAUUAGUGAACCAUCGCCUAAACAUAAAAAGUCCAAGAAACAACCAGACAAUGAUGAUACGCAAGGGUUUAGCGAUGAUGCCACCCUAGCUAUUAGUGAACCAUCACCUAAACAGAAAAAGUCCAAGAAACAACCAGACAAUGAUGCUACGCAAGUGUUUAGCGAUGAUGCCACCCUAGCUAUUAGUGAACCAUCGCCUAAACAGAAAAAGUCCAAGAAACAACCAGACAAUGAUGCUACGCAAGUGUUUAGCGAUGAUGCCACCCUAGCUAUUAGUGAACCAUCGCCUAAACAGAAAAAGUCCAAGAAACAACCAGACAAUGAUGCUACGCAAGUGUUUAGCGAUGAUGCAACUCAAGUCUUUGAAGAGGAUGCAGCCCAAGAAGCGAGUAAUCUUGCUUCCCGAGCACCCAGAGGGAGGAAAUCCGAACAAGCAAAGAAAGAUGCUACACCGCAAGAAGAUGCCACGCAGGUGUUUGAAGAGGCUGAUGUAGCUGUGUCGGACAUUGAAGACAAGACAGGCGACGGUGCUACGCAGGUGUUUGAUGUGGAGGAUGCAACGCUGUGUGUAUCUGGUUCUGCCAAAGGUGACACAGAUGCAGAUGCAACUCAGGCAUUUGAUUGUGCUACGUUAAUGGUGGAGGAAGAGGACAAAUCGACAGACGACAGUACUCAGGUGUUCGGAGACGCUACAGUUGCCAUAGAGGAAGAGGAGGUCAUGCCAGCAAGGAAAAGAGGCCGUGGGAAGAAAUCUGCAGAUGACAGUCUUAAGGUGAAAGAAAGUGAUGCUACAGUUGCCAUUGAGGAAGAAGAGGUCAUGCCAGCAAGGAAAAGAGGUCGUGGGAAGAAAGUCGCAGAUGACAGUCUUAAGGUGAAAGAAAGUGAUGCUACAGUUGCCAUAGAGGAAGAGGAGGUCAUGCCAGCAAGGAAAAGAGGCCGUGGGAAGAAAGCUGCAGAUGACAGUCUUAAGGUGAAAGAAAGUGAUGCCACAGUUGCCAUUGACGAAGAGGAGGUCAUGCCAGCAAGGAAAAGAGGCCGUGGGAAGAAAUCUGCAGAUGACAGUCUUAAGGUGAAAGAAAGUGAUGCUACAGUUGCCAUUGAGGAAGAGGAGGUAAUGCCAGCAAGGAAAAGAGGCCUUGGGAAGAAAUCUGCAGAUGACAGCCUUAAGGUGAAAGAAAGUGAUGCUACAGUUGCCAUUGAGGAAGAGGAGGUCAUGCCAGCAAGGAAAAGAGGCCUUGGGAAGAAGGCUCAGGCUUCUGUGGAUCAGGAAGCUCCAACUGUUCCUGCUGAUGUAGAUGAUGCCACUGUGGCUGUAUCGGAGCCAGAACCUGCGAGACAGGGCAGAGGAAGAAGACCGGCCAAAGGGAAGAAACCUUCUGUUGAAGUAGAAGCCAUGGAGGAAGGGUCACACAGUGGGAGAGGAAGAGGAGUGAAGAGAGGACGAAGAAGCAAGGAUUUAGCACCAGAUGUUGAAGAUGCUACCAUGGCUGUAGAUGAUGUUUGUGAGGGUGCCACUCUCCCAGCUGCUGAUCUUGAAGAUGCAACCAUGGCUGUAUGCAGUGUUGGCCAGGAUGCCACCCUCCCAGCUGCUGAUGUAGUGGGCGCUCCUGACAGUGCAGCGGGUGAUGACUCUGACUCGGAAGGCUCGACUCUGCCGGUGGAGGAAGUGGUCAACAUGGCUGAAGUGGAAGACCAAGGGACGGGGAUGUCUGUUGGACGCAAGAACACUCAGAAGCCGUCACCUGUGGCUUCCAGUCCCAGGAGUAGAGGAAGGCAGUCCACGAAGACCCCCAGCUCUGGAGAAGGUACUGAUGGCUCCGACCUAGAACCCACCCAGGUGUAUGGUGCUGAUGAACCGGAAGCCACACAGCAGUACGGGCUGGAUUCCACAGAGGAGAUGGUGCCAGACAGCCACUCCCAUGAGAAGGUGCCCUCCCCAAUGAUCCCCCUGCCAGAGCGGUCCCCCCGCAAGUCGGCCAUGGCCAGUCCAAGGAGAAGUCCCUCACCCUCCCCGAAACGAGUUGCGUUUGCUGCAGGGGUUGCUGACAACGAGAACAAGACCAAGAAGUCAGCUGGUAUGGCUCGAAGCCGUGGGAGGGGAAGGAGGAGUCUGGAUCUAGCGUUGGCUGAUGUUGCUGCUGAUGGUGGAGCUGGUGGUCGUAGGAGGAGUACCCCUGGAAGAGUAGCUGUGCUGGAGAGACUGGAGACCGGUCAGGGCCGAGGAAGGGGCAGGAGAAGAGGUGUUGGGGAACAGGUGGUAGUGAAGGAAGAGCCAGUGACAGAAGGUGAAGGUGUGGCAGCAGGAGUGGAGAAGAAAGAGCAGACAGUGAAGAGAGGAAGGAAAGAGGUUGUGGUCGAGGAGAAGGAAGAGGAGACGGUGAAGAAAGGUAGAGGAAGGAAAGGGGUUGUGGUCGAGGAGAAGGAAGAAGAGACUGUGAAGAAAGGUAGAGGAAGGAAAGGGGUUGUGGUCGAGGAGAAGGAAGAAGAGACUGUGAAGAAAGGUAGAGGAAGGAAAGGGGUUCUGAUCGAGGAGAAGGAAGAGGAGACGGUGAAGAAAGGUCGAGGAAGGAAAGAGGUUGUUGUCGAGGAGAAGGAAGAAGAGACAGCGAAGAAAGGUAGAGGAAGAAAAGGCGUUGUGGUGGAGGACAAGGAGACACAAGGAGCUGUAGGUGGUCGAAGGAGAAGUGGAGGUGAAGUACCUGCAGCUCCUGGUGGGAGGAGGAGCAAGGGUAAGACCAGCCACACAGCAGCAGCAGAGGGAGGACAAACUAAUGAUGUCAUAAAAGAAGAGCCUGAAAGUCUUGAGACUGAGGAGAAAUCCUCUGAAGAAAUAAGUAUUGGUAAAAAGGUAGCUCCAAGCAAGGGUAGGGGGAGGAAGACAUCCCAGGAUGUGAAGGAAGAUCCAGUUAAAGAGGAGAAAGGUGAAUCUGAUGUAACUGCAGGUACGAGGAGAGGCAGAGCAAAGACGACACUGGAACCUCCUGCUCCUGAUGCUGGGAAGAGAGGUACUUCUGGGAGGAAGAGUCUGCCUGCAGCUCUUGUCAGUCAAGUUGAACCAAAACCAACAAGAAGAGGUCGAUCCACUGAAAAAUGUGAGACAGUUUCUGUAAGUCGAAGGGCUCGAACGCCAUCAGAAGACAGUGUUAAGUCAUCACUUGAGAGUGUUGAUGAAUCUAAGCCAACAAGAAGAGCUGGUCGUGCUCCACACGGGAAAACACAAACAGAAGGGGUGGAAUCUACAUUUAAGACUGGGUCUCAAACAAAACAUGCAGCAAUAGAUGAAUCUGAUCCGAAUAUAUCUGGUUACAGUGACAUUGGCAGAGGCAGACGGUCAGAGAGUAGACAAUCAAGGGAGAUAACUGUUUCUAAGGGAAAGGGUAAGACACUUUCAAAGACUGCUGGAAAGGGUUUGAUAGAAGCGGAAGAAAGUCAGACCAAACCAGAUGACAGUGAACCCAGGACAUCUGUUAGGAAGAGAACAUCAGAAGAAAGUCUAGACCUGCCAGCAGCUAAGAGAGGCAGGAAGGGGGGUAAAGGUAGGCUAGACUCUCCUGGCAGUGGUGUCCCAGAACUGCUGCCUUCCACAAGGAAAAGAGGAAGAGAUUCAUCUGCAGCAGAAGAAGUAUCAGGUUCAAAGUCAGAAGACAGUGCUAAUGAAACAGUUGUUACAAUUGAGGAACCUGAGACUGAAGUAUCUAGUGCUAAGAAAGGAAAGAAGGGUAAGACGAAAAGAACGCUGUCAGCUAAUAGAGGCAAGAAUUCAGCUGACGCAGUAGAAGAUACAGCAGGAAGAAAUCAGAGUAAGGCCAUUGCUGUUGAGGGGGGUGAAACGUCUCGGCCAAGUCGAGGUUCCAAGGCUUCCCCUGUAGCAGCGGCACCGGACAGUGGUGUGAAGAGGAGGAAAGGGGGCAGGGUAGACUCCAGUCAGGAACAAGAAGCAGCACCAGCCAAGAAGUCGCGGUCGUCUGACUCCUCCCCGCCACCAGGUAAACAGAAGCAGGUGACGGAGGAGAUGUCGUCGCCGUCGCUGCGGCGCAAGUCCAUGGAUCCCAAGCCUCGAGUCCUUUUCACCGGCGUGGUCGAUGAACAGGGACAAAAGAUUGUGAAGGACUUGGGAGGAGGACUAGCUACAUCCAUCCAUGACUGCACCCACCUCGUCACAGACAAGGUGCGCCGGACUGUGAAAUUCCUGGGUGGUGUGGCGCGAGGAGUACCCAUCGUCACACCUCAUUGGCUCAACAGCAGCAAGAGUGCCGGAACGUUCCUGGAUUGCUCCAAGUUCCUCGUGUCAGACACAGCGGCAGAGAAGCAGUACAAGUUCUCUCUGAAGAAGUCCCUGGCUAGAGCCGCGGAGGAGAACUUGCUCGGGGCCUACAAGAUACAUGUCAGCAAAUCUGUCAGACCAGAGCCACCACAGAUGAAAGAUGUCCUGAUGUGUGCUGGUGCUGAGUACUUGUCCACCAUGCCCAAAAAAGUAGAAGCGAACAUGUUGGUGAUGUCGUGCGAGGAGGACAAGUCCCAGUGUCAGGCUGCCAUCAAGGCCGGGAUCCCCAUCGUGUCUGCGGAGUUCAUCCUCACCGGCAUCCUGAGACAGGAGGUGGAUGUAGACAGUUUCAGGUUAUUCUCCAGUGAGGUCGGAGGUGCACGAAGAGGGCCAAGGUCAGAUGUCGGGGGUGCACGAGGAGGGGCGAGGUCCAAGUCAAGGAAAUGAAAGACUUUCAAUCUCAAAUCAAAGGUCCAGCUGUGAUCCAAAUAUUUUAACUGGCCAACUUGUUUUAUAACCUGUGCAUUUUUUUACAGAGCAAGGAUGUGAGUGGAUACGAAGCUGUUUGUUAUAUGCCUGAAUGGGAUAAAAUUUCAAUCAUGUUAUUGCCAUAUGUUAAAACCCUUGUCACAUUUUAGAUGUAGGUCUUGUACCUGAUUUUUAAUUA